AUGUCUUCCGCUCAGGAAAAGGCUCAAAACUACCUCAGCAGCCUCGACAGGGAGCUGUCCAAGUAUCCCGCCCUCAACAACCUCGAGAGGCAGGCCGGCGUUCCCAAGGCCUAUGCCGUCAUCGGUGUCGUCGCUCUCUACUUCUUCCUCAUUAUCUUCAACCUCGGUGGACAGCUCCUCACCAACUUUGCCGGCUUCGUCAUCCCCGGAUACUACUCCCUCGCCGCUCUCUUCACCGAGACCAAGGAUGACGACACGCAGUGGCUGACCUACUGGGUCGUCUUCGCUUUCUUCAGCGUCGUUGAGAGCUUCUUCAACAUUGUUUACUGGUUCCCCUUCUACUUUGUCUUCAAGUUUGUCUUCCUCCUGUGGCUGUCCCUCCCCAUGUUCCGUGGUGCCGAGAUUGUCUUCCGCUCUUUCCUGGCCCCUACUCUCAGCCGAUACUUCAAGGGUGGCUCUCCCAGCGCCAACCUUCGUUCCAAGGUUGACGCCGCGGUCAACAAGUCCGACUAG